AUGAAAAGUAUGAUCCUGAAGACAACGCCGGAGCUCUUCCAAGGAGAUGGAGUGUACCGUACGGAACAUCUCGACAAAAGCCGAUUGGUUAGUCGAUCAUACCGGCUAGGUAAUGGAUCAAACCGGUUUUCUAAAAUCGGUUCAAUCCAUUGUCAUCGGUUAAGCAUAACAAAGUCCGGUUUGCAUCGUGGGACUACAAAGGCUCAAGCCAUCCUUAGCCCUGUGUCCGAUCCGGCCGCUUCCAUAGCCAAAAAGCGAGUGUUCACCUUUGGUAAAGGAAGAAGCGAAGGCAACAAGGGCAUGAAGUCCUUGUUGGGAGGUAAAGGAGCAAAUCUUGCGGAGAUGGCGAGCAUAGGCUUGUCGGUGCCGCCGGGAUUAACCAUAUCGACGGAGGCUUGUCGGCAAUAUCAAGUCGCCGGUAAGAAGCUUCCAGAAGGUUUAUGGGAAGAGAUUUUAGAAGGUCUUAGCUUCAUUGAACGUGACAUUGGAGCUUCCCUCGCCGAUCCUUCCAAGCCACUCCUCCUCUCCGUUCGCUCCGGCGCCGCCGUUUCAAUGCCAGGUAUGAUGGACACUGUACUUAACCUUGGCUUAAACGACGAAGUUGUGGUCGGUUUGGCCGCCAAAAGCGGAGAGCGUUUCGCUUACGAUUCUUUCCGGCGUUUUCUUGAUAUGUUUGGUGAUGUUGUGUUGGGGAUUCCACAUGCGAAGUUUGAAGAGAAGCUAGAGAGAAUGAAAGAACUAAAAGGAGUUAAAAACGACACUGAAUUAAGCGCGACCGAUCUCAAAGAAUUGGUUGAGCAGUACAAGAGUGUUUACUUACAAGUCAAGGGUCAAGAGUUUCCUUCAGAUCCGAAAAAGCAAUUGGAGUUAGCGAUUGAAGCGGUAUUCGAUUCUUGGGAUAGCCCGAGAGCGAUUAAGUACAGAAGCAUUAACCAGAUAAACGGGUUGAUAGGAACCGCGGUUAACAUUCAGUGUAUGGUGUUUGGAAACAUGGGGGACACUUCAGGGACUGGUGUUCUCUUCACCAGGAACCCUAGUACCGGAGAGAAUAAGCUCUAUGGCGAGUUUUUAGUCAAUGCUCAGGGAGAGGAUGUGGUUGCAGGGAUAAGAACACCAGAAGAUUUGGACACAAUGAAGAGAGUAAUGCCCCAGGCUUACGCAGAACUCGUAGAGAAUUGCAACAUCUUAGAAAGACAUUACAAAGACAUGAUGGAUAUUGAAUUCACGGUCCAAGAAGAGAGAUUGUGGAUGCUGCAAUGUAGAACGGGUAAGCGAACUGGUGAAGGCGCAGUGAAGAUAGCAGUUGAUAUGGUUAGUGAAGGGCUUGUAGACAAAUCUUCCGCAAUCAAAAUGGUGGAGCCUCAACAUCUUGAUCAACUACUUCACCCACAGUUUCGUGAUCAGUCGGGGUACCGUGAAAAAGUAGUGGCGAAAGGUUUACCCGCGUCUCCAGGAGCGGCGGUUGGACAGGUUGUGUUCACGGCGGAGGAAGCGGAAGCUUGGCAUUCUCAGGGCAAAGCUGUGAUUCUGGUUCGAACGGAGACAAGCCCUGAAGAUGUUGGAGGGAUGCACGCAGCGGAAGGAAUUUUGACGGCAAGAGGAGGAAUGACGUCACACGCCGCGGUUGUAGCUCGUGGUUGGGGCAAAUGUUGCAUCGCUGGUUGCUCCGAAAUUCGAGUUGACGAAAACCUUAAGGUUCUUGUGAUUGGAGAUUUGGCGAUAAAUGAAGGCGAAUGGAUCUCGAUGAAUGGAUCAACGGGUGAGGUUAUAUUAGGGAAACAAGCAUUGGCUCCUCCGGCUUUGAGUGCAGAUUUAGAGACUUUCAUGUCUUGGGCUGAUGGAAUCAGACGUCUCAAGGUUAUGGCGAAUGUGGAUACGCCUGAAGACGCGGUUGCAGCUAGGAAAAACGGAGCUCAAGGGAUCGAUUGGAUAAACCCUAAUUUUCUCUUUUCUUCGGUUUGGAUGUUAAGUUCUUUGGACCAGAUAGGAUUAAAGCAGUGA